ACUCUUGUGAUCAAAUGUGAAAUUAAGUCGAUGAACAGAACUACUGAUGGUGGACUCUCUGCCUAAAAUCGAUCAAAUCAAAUUCGAUUACAUUUUGGACUUUUGUAUCAAUUGUUCUUUCUGGAUUCACUAUUUCUGAAACAAUCGUCACGGCUAUAUUUUGAUGUUUUCAAUUUCCCCCUUUUACCCAAUUUUUUGAUCGUAGAUCAAGCAAUAAACAAAAUAAUGGAGAGCAGCUUACCGUUGACAGCAACUUCGUCGUCGAAAUCGGAGAGACGAUCGAAAUCGAAGAAUUCUCAGACCACUUCCAAAACCUCUCUCCUUAUGGCCUUCCUCUCUUGCCUCGCCUGGCUCUACGUUGCCGGACGGUUGUGGCAAGAUGCAGAGAACAGAAUGCUACUGACUAAUUUACUGAAGAAGAAUUCAUUGCAGCGGCCGAAGGUGCUUACAGUGGACGACAAACUAAUGGUCCUAGGAUGCAAGGAUUUGGAAAGGAGAAUUGUUGAUGCUGAAAUGGAAUUAACACUGGCGAAGAGUCAAGGUUAUCUUAAGAGCCAAGUGCAGCAGACUGGUUCCUCUUCUGGUAAAAAACUGCUUGCUGUUAUUGGAGUUUAUAGUGGUUUUGGGAGUCGUUUGCGGCGCAAUAUUUUCAGAGGGUCCAUGACAUCAAAAGGUUAUACUCUACAGAAGCUCGAAGAAAGAGGGAUCAUUGUACGAUUUGUGAUUGGUCGAAGCCCUAACCGUGGUGACAGCUUGGACCACAAUAUUGACGUGGAAAAUCAUGUGACAAAGGAUUUUUUGAUACUUGAUGGUCAUGAGGAGGCUCAAGAGGAAUUGCCCAAGAAAGCAAAGUUCUUUUUUAGUACAGCAGUCCAGACUUGGAAUUCUGAGUUCUAUGUAAAAGUUGAUGACAAUAUUGAUCUUGACUUUGAUGCAUUGAUUGAACUUCUCCAGAGUCGACGUGGUCAAGAUGGUGCUUAUAUUGGAUGCAUGAAGUCUGGGGAAGUAGUUGCUGAAGAGGGAAAACUGUGGUACGAGCCUGAGUGGUGGAAAUUUGGUGAUCAGAAAACGUACUUUCGCCAUGCAGCGGGUUCUAUUUUUAUACUGUCAAAGAAUUUGGCUCAGUAUAUCGACAUAAACAGUGUAUCUUUGAAGGCUUAUGCUCACGAGGAUACAUCAGUGGGGUCAUGGAUGAUGGGUCUUCAAGCAACUUACAUAGAUGACAGUCGUUUGUGCUGUAGUUACUCCGGCCAAGACAAGGUGUGCUCAUUGGCGUGAAAAUAGAAGCUAGCCGUUUUCCAUCAAAGUAGUACCCUUGAAUCCUGUAUGGGCACUAAACACAGAAUUCGAUGCACUUUUUCAUUAGUGCAGAUGGUACAUAUGGAAUGUGGUCGGGGACUUGAUUCUUUGUAGCAUCUAGUUACAGGAAUGAUUCGUGAAAAGUAUUAGUUAGAUCAUUCUUUACAUCGAGUCAAAUCUUACUCAAUACAUAGGAUGUACACGAGUUGGCUGAGACUCUGCCUAAAAAUCUAUAACGUUUUAUGGAGUUCAGCUUUAGGUGUAUAAUUCUUGCCAUUUCAAGUG